UUGCGGAAGGUGAUCAUAGAUUUUUCUGUUUCUGGGAAUGCUGUGGCCUAAUGCGAAAUGCCAGAUCCCUUAAAUUGAAGCUAGCAAGAAGGAAGGAAUUGACGUGAUGCCUUAAGCAGUCAGGUCUUCGUAAAACUCCAUUAUGCGUGGAGAUGGGAGAGUCACAUCUCAGCUGUUUGGUACAUUGUCAUCUGUUCAUGGGCUUAUUCAUUGUUAAAAGCUAUCGAUAAAAUCAUCUACCUCGAGCGGAGUUUGAAGAUGGUGGACAAAAGCGAGGAAGAAGUGGUUUAUCAGCAACUCCGAGACCUUUGGAGCUCGUAUGUGCGAUGUAGUUCAUCACAGUUGCUGGAGAAGAGCAAAUUUCUGGAGCUAUUCAUGGUGCGAUUUUUGGCUGCCUACUGUGCUGAAAAAGGGGACUUGAAGAAAAUUUCCAGCUUUAUUGAUGUCCAUAGCAUUAGCAAUGUUCUGACAAGUGAAUUCCAGUCUGCAAUUCUUCUAAGAUGUGAGGAUGAGAAUGAAAAGCCACUGGUCGACUUCCUUUGUCAUGGACAGGGUCUGCUUCUGUUACAGAUGUUGUGUAUUCUGGCAAGUAAGGUUGCUGGAUGCAGUUUAGAAUUGGCUAAUCUCCUUGUUUCUCUGCUGCCUGUGGUUCUUAGAGUACCUUUACAACAUUAUGACCAUCUUAACGGAUUAGAGCUAAUUUUUUCUGACUUUGAUGAUCACUGGUGGGACACCAAAAGCACAUCUUGUCACACAAACUUUGUAAAAGACAAAAUCCUCAGGCCUUUUCAGGAUCAUCUUGAGUUGAAGAUAAAUUCCAGUGUUCCUCAACACGAAAGAACUGAAGCUGAUGAACUUGUAAAUGCUGGCAAAGCUCAAAGUGAUCAAGUGGAAUUACUACUCUCAGUCAAGAUCAGGACAGAAAGUCCCAAUACAACUGAAGACAGUGAUGUGUUCACAAGUGUAACAAGUGUAACAGACCUUGACAGUGCAUUGAGUACCAAUAUCAGUGAAUCUUCUGACCCUGAAAUCCCCAGCAGUGAUGUGACUGCCUAUACAUGCUCUGGAACAAAAAAUGAAACAGAACUUUCUAUCUUAAGCUCCACAACCGUGGUUCCUGAUGUAGAUGAGCAUGCUGUACAUACAGAUUCUUGUCUGUCUGCUAUCUCAUCAAGUCAUUGUAGCAUCAAUAACUUUGAACUGUCAAUCCUUCUUCUUGCGACGCUGGAAAACCUAACCUGUCAUGGCAGUGUAUCGCUCAGCGAUUGCAAUCUUCUAAUGCAUACCAGUGGUCAGCUCAUAGACAUUGUUCUCUCCCUCAGUGACGCUAAAAACAAGAGUCCUGAGGUUUUUUGUGAGUGGGAACUUGGAGCAGCUACUUCAGUUCACUUAUCUACAUUAAGAACAGUAUUCUCAAUUCUCUGCACAACAUGUCGAAACCCAAAGGCAGCCAAACAACUGUCAAAGACCUCAUAUGUUCAGAAACUUUUGGAGGUGAUCGAAGAUGGUUGUCUGGACAAAGAAUUCCUAACAGCCAUUCAACACUUUGAACUUGCUAAACGUGUUGCUGGUAUUAGUGACAAAGAAAAUGAACUUAACCCCAAACUUCUUGCUUCAGAUCUUUGGAGUGGUUUUCAAAAUGAGCUGCUGCUUGGUUGCUCUUUGCAUGGUCUCCUACUCUUUGUAAUGACAUGCAUUCAUUAUGGUACCUUAGUCAAUUCCACUCUUUACGUUCUGUGCCAUGAUAUUUUUGAGCAAUUUUCGUCCAGUAGAGGAUUUGAAUUCCUUGUUACCUUGCUCCUGAAACUGGAUGAAGUUUACUCACACGAGAUAGAUUUCGAGAGAAAGGGAAAUGACAUGGACUUUCGGUUAAAAUCUUUUUCUCAAAGAAUUGAACAGUACCCAAGAAGUCUCUCAAAUCGGGUUGUGAAGAAUUUAGGAAAAAUGAUUUCGAUGUUGAAAAAAAGCAAGACUUGCUGCAGAAGAGAAGCUGGCAGUAGAAAGACUUCAGUGGUCUUGUCUGGGAACCUUGUCACACAGAAUGAUGUUCAUGAAAUGUGUGGAGUGUACCUUCCGACUUCUGAGAUAGAGGAGAGUUCAGAGUCAGCAGCAGAUAUGGAGUAUGAAAAAGAGAGGCAAGACCAAUUGCCAGAAAACCUCUGCACGGUUUUGAGACCUGCCAUAACGCUAUUGACAGUCUUCAAGGACAGCAGGAAUCCAAAGUUAAGAUUUAGCAUUCUGAACUGUUUGGAAAAAGUUGGAAUCUGCCACUGCGUCUCGCCAGAUGUAUUGGUGACAACUCUUCUCAACAGAUUUGUAGAACAGCCCAAGGACCUACAAGAUAUCAUUCUCAGAAUUAUCAACCACAUGGUGCUCACAGAAAUUGACGUUAUGUCUGAUAACUACGAUGUUCGUCGGUCACCGACUUCUCCCUUUAAAAGGGGUCAAAGAUUCCGCUCAAAGUCUACUAAACAAAGCCCUUGCAAAAGUGACAGUGGCUUCUCUGCCAAUGAUUUGAGUGUGCAAAUGAAAGAUCUGGUAAAAGAUGGGAAACCUAACUGGGCUGCUCUUUCACAAUACUGUGCUCUUAUGUCGUGCAAAGACACAGAUAUUGCUGUUAGAGUUGCUAAGGCUCUGAAGCCUUUGGCUAUUUUGGGAUCGAAACAUCUGAAGGCUGAGCUUUUCCGCAUGGUGGUUCUCCCGUGCAUGUUGCGCUGCGAUGGAAUCUUCACUGAUGAAGUUGCUGAGCCGCUAAGAAAGAUCAGAGCAAGGACUUGGACAGGAACAUUUACGUCGGAGAGGCUUGGGCAGCGAGCCAAAUCAGUCAUGGGGAGUACUUUUUCCGGCUUUAAAACUGAGCUCGGCAGCUUAGACCUUUCGGAACAGGUCCAUGGACACGAUGAAAUUUGUGCAGAGGUUCUUGAACUUUGUAUUGGGAUGUUAACCUCACUUCUCACUGGCUCGGAGUCUCGAGCACUGUUUCUAAACUGCGGUGGCUUAAAUGAACUACAGAGCUUUCUGGCAUUACCACAGCUUCAAGAACCAGUUAUGCUUGUGUUGGAGUUCUUGGCUGAUGUUGAAAAUCAAGAAGCAACGGGGAAGCGACCCUAUACAGAGAGUGACGACCUCAGUGCAGGAUCUCUAGACUCAAGUGGAGAUAAAAGUGACAGCAAAGUCUGUUGCCGCAGCUUCCUUUCGUUACUUCAAUUCACCACAACACUUUUUGACAAAACGAAGUCACCUGAACUGCCUCUUAUAGCCUCCUGCCAUCCUGUGGAAUCAUCAUUGAGGGUGUAUGUUUGGAGAUCGUGUCUUCGCCUGCUGGUUUCAAAUGAGUUGUUUAGUGAACUGUUUCUCCAGGAUGAUGGAAUAGUUUCCAGUUGUGAAUUACUCCAUCUUUUGCUUGAAAUAUUUCGCGGUGAUUCUUUGACUCAUUGCACAAGGGAGAAUCAAGCGAUUGAUAUUCAGUGCACCAAACAGCUUGUGUACUUGUUUGAGUCAGUUACGGCUAUUUGUAUCAGAAUGGCACACACUGAACAAUGGAGGUAUAAAGAGGCACUUCCAAAUCUUGAUCAGCUGGUGGAAGAGGUGAAGAAAUUAUUCUCACACUCGGAGACUUUGCAGAGAUAUCUUAGCAAAGGACUGACUGAUUGUUUUCUCAAAGCAUCGACGUGGCAGCUGGAGGGGAGAGAGGGUUCUGUUUUGCUCGGAUCGGAAAUUAGACGACAAAAGGAUGUCGUUUUGAGGAAGACAAGCCAUGGGGAUAGUCAAGAGGAGUGGUCCAAUCUAUUGGAGGAUGAUGACGACGAAACAGAUGGGAACCAAAAAGGCGGCGGAUCAGUGUUCGAGGAAGGUUACGAUGCAGAUCAAGAAGCUGACUCCGACAUGAGCGAUGAAACAGGACGGAAAUCUCCCGAUAGCAAGAAGCAGCCUAAACAAAAGAAACGAAGUCAAUUUCCUAAACAGCUUGAACAUAUUUUGAAGGGAUUGGUCGUUUACCCACGGAUUUGCAAUAUACUUUUUCAAUUAUUGCAGGUGUGCUAUGGCAGCAGAGUUAAAGCCGGAGAAUCUGAGAGUGUGGGUGUGGUUCUCCAUGCUGUUGAAAACCUUCUUCUUCUACUCAACGAUUGUGAAGAAAAUUGUCAGCGUCUUUGUCAACAUGGAUUUGUUGGGGUGCUCCUUGAGUGCUUCGGUGAUGUAAUGACUAGACAGGAGCAGUCACUACGAGGUCUUCAGACUCUUGUGAUGGAGGUGUUUGUUUGUCUUGCUUGUCACAACAUCACAGCCGCUGAACUGUGGGACUUCUUGGCAUUGUUUAAUUCCACAGAUCCUCCUGUGCACUUAUUAUCUUCAGCUUUAUCGGAGGUUGCUGCAAGAGCCAGUGCCAAUCCUGGUCCUGCUUUCCAGAUGUCAUUUCCAUGUAAAGCCAAGGAAUCGGAACAAAGAGCUACAACAGCUGGUACGAGUGGUAAAGCUUCCAGUGGAAAAAGGAAGGAAAUAAGAGGGAAAAAGUCUCUAAAAAUCGCGUCGUUCUCUCCACAACCAAGCGACGGUGACAAGUCCAGUGAGACAGACAGUAUACGAAGUGGUAGCUCUGCAAGCUCCAGCAGAUUUCAGGUCUCUGAGACUUUUGAUAAAUACCUUAAAAGAGACCAUAGAAAGGCAAAAUCCUCGAUGGAAGGAUCAAAGCGCCGUUUGAGUUCCAAGCGAAGUACAAGAAAGCAACUUGGAAGUUCCCCCUCCGCAUCGUGCUGCUCUGCUGACUAUGAACUAACAGAGGUACUUCACUUUCAAGGGCGGACUCAUUUACCCUCGCCAUUUCAGUUGUUUGCUGUCCAGCUACCUUUUCAAGGCAGGCUUCCUCGCUCUGAGAGGGGCUUUAGCGUUGCCAUGUGGAUCUGCUUGAAUAGUCCCAUUUUGGGAAAUGGAGUGGACGACGUCUUCAAACAUCCAAGCGAAGAUUCGCAGAGACAGCUAGGAAAUUCUGUGGAAAGGACGAUGCUUUCUAGAAAGGAGAGAAUCGUCCAUUUGUGUUCGGUUGGUUCUGGAAAAAGCCUUUUUGAAAUUUGGACAUUUCCAUCUAAUAGAGCAGUUCUCAUAAGAUGGACCAAGAACCCCAAAAGCAGCAGUGGCUCUCUGAAAGUGCUAAAGCAACGAAUGAUUAGCUUACCAGCACUUACUAAAGGACAAUGGCACCAUCUGGUCAUAUCCUUUACCCAGCCAAAAGUGUUGGCUGAAGAGCAGAAGAAUACAGGGGCAGAUAGUUUACCUUCCUCAGAACUCCUAAUAGUGGUGGAUGGAACGGAAUCAGUGGUUCAUGACUUUGGCCCUCCCCUCCCAUACCACGAGGAAGCCAAAUUUACCCUGUCGACGUUGCUUCUUGGUCAUGUGACCUAUGGCGACGGCGAAAAAUCUCCAAAGGCAACUCUUCAUGAGGGAUAUCAGAUUGGCAAUGUGUUUGUUUUCGCAGAGAAACCUUUCAAAAUCUCCAAGCCCGCAAAGCAGCAAUCCUCAUCAUCAAGUGAUUGGCUGGUAGAAAAAGAAGAAGCAUUUUAUUUGUAUUCCCUUGGACCAAACAGCGCGAGCAUAGGGCAGCUUAGUAAAGACUUCAACAUUUUACCGAGUCAUACCUCAAACGACUCAGCGCAAUUGUUCAUGGAAGCAGCUAACUUAUGGUCUCGUCUAGCCAUUACUGAACAAGCUGUCGCGGCAAACUUACCUCCCGGUUUUCUCACGAGUCCUCAUGUCGUUGUACCUGAUCUCGAGUUGUCACUUAAGAAGCGGCUCGCUGCUGUGUACUCGCCUAUGUGUCCGUUGCGAUUCCAGCAGUAUUCUGAGCUGUUGACCAGCGAAGAAAGGCAAGAAAGACUAGCGUCUAUGAAUAUCACUGAACAGAGACUAAAACAAAACGAGUACGAACCCUGGGAAGUUGAUGCCAGGGUCACUUCUGAUGUAGAAUCUCAACGGCAACAGACUAUUUUGGAAUCAGCUCAUGAUGUCGGGGGAAUUGGUGUCUUCAUUUUUCUUUUUGCUAAGGUGGUGGAACAAACACAAAAUGAAAAAACACAAGCGGAGGCUUUGUCAGUUGUUUUGUCGCUUCAGAGUUUCUCCGUCUUUCACGCCCGUGCCAUGGCCGAAGAGUCUGGGUUUGCAUUGCUAAAAAGGAUUCUGCUGUCUCCGGAGUGUAAGAUUGGUUACCAUACGCUGAAGGUGCUGAUGGAAGCAGCUUGUAAUGGCGAUGUAUUCAAACCAACAAAUCUAGCCGAUGAUCCUAUAAUGCUGAACAUCGACUCCACUGCAGUGGUUCGGAACGUCGCCAUUUUCCAGCAUUUCCUGCUUAACUGGAAAAUAUGGGAGAGGGCCAAACAAGGCGUACUGGAAAUGCUGUUGGCCACUAUUGAAAUUUUGGUGCACGGAAGCCACAGUUAUUACACUUUUAACAUCAUUCAGUUCCAGAAGGCACAGCUCGUGCAGCAAAUCCUGAUUGGAUGUCAGGAGAGACAGAGUGAAGAGUGCAAGGAAAUUCCACGAGUAAUUAGCUCCUCUUAUGUGAAUAUUAUACAGAAUAUCAUGGGUAAUCCCCCUGACUUAACAGUGUUGAAGUCUGUUUGUGAGUUCCUUAUUGCCGUCCACCCGACGAAGGACACCACUCGACUGGAUGCACCAAGCAGAUGUUAUCUUAGGGAACACUCUCUCGACUCGUCUCUGGGUUCAAACCGUUCUUUGCCCGCGGCCAGUGGUGGCUCGAUUUCUUCUCCUCUUACCGCUCCAGUUCGCUCGAUACACUCACCAAGACCGUUUCAGUUCACCAGCCCAGGGAGGAACCCCUCAAGAAACCCAAUGAGCCGGUCACUUAGUUUUGAGUCUAUUAAAAGCAAAGAUUUGCAAAGGUCACGUGCCAAUCUACAGAAUGAUCAAGAAAAGGGAAGGCUUUUGAAGACGUCAUCCCGGAGUGUAAGUGAACUCAGCAGAUCUGUUGCAUCAGGUUUAGAACCUGAUAGCCAACUUCACUGGAAUUUUCGUGAGGCGUCAAAGGGGACAAGGGACGACAAAGACGUAUUUCAGUUUAGCGUCCCCAUGGAGGUGGCACCUGGGAGCUCUGGCAAGGCUUCUGUACCUACUGGAGGACUUGCCGUGCCUAAAGGAGACAGAAACCGUCGUGUCAUCAUUCCAAAGCAAGAGGCCGGUGAAGGGUUGAGUAGUAGUGCUCUUGUGCUGCACGAGAGCCACUUGAGAGAACCCGACCCCAGAAUGAGCCCCUCUCCAUUGACGAGCCCAGGCACACCCUUGGAUAUGUCUUACCCAGGAGUACGCACCAUUUCCGGCAGCAACCCAAUGGUGAUUAGGAACUAUGAAUCAGUCCCAAGUUACGAUGGACAGUCUAGUUUUGAUCCCACGGAGUAUGAUUUUAUAAACGAAUCUGAUUUCAGCUCUUUACAAAGUAGUGUGGUCAAUCCAAGUUCCCAUGAUGAUUACCUGGUGGUGGAAGGAUUCCCUGGGAUACAGUCAAGUACAAGGACUUACUGCCCCACUCGUUCAGAGAGCGUACAAGGCGUUGAUGUGAUGAUAACACUGAGAUUGGGUCUAAUGAAACUGCUCGAGAAGAAACUGUUCAAUCUGCCAUCUGAGCAUGUGCCGGCAGUGAUUGGCGAGGUUCUCAAAGCUGAAUACAUAUUGGUGUGGGCUCAUCACGAUUCAGAUAAUGUCAGAGAACUUGCCAUCAGGAUUCUUUUCCAGUAUUUACAGAAGGCAGAGCCUAAACGUUGUGAGCAGUUCUUAAAAAUCCACGGUUUCCACCUGUUGGCGAACCAGCUUUAUGAUCAUCCGGUGACAAAGCUGUUAAUAGAGGGCUGUCUGUCGCUUCUCGUGGAUCGUCCUGUUGACUUGAACAAAGACUAUAACUACUCAGGGGCAGAGGACAGAGACCUGGCCUCCUCUGUCCGCCCCGUGGGCGUGGUCCCUCUUAUGGCCCUGUUAGAGAACAGUGUGUUAAAGCCAUCUUUAUUUCAUCUUCUGAUCCAACAUUUGUGCCAGCUGUUCAUCAAAGUGGAUGACCUGUGCCUUCAGGCUGUCGAUCACGGGUUGUUGGAAACCGUGUGUAAUGUGAUUUAUGGACUUUGCACAUUACGACACAAACAGAGGAAUCCGAGUAACCUUCCAGACCUAGAUGCAGUAAUGGAAGACUUUCAGCAAUUUGUUGUGUGUAUUGUUAGGAAAGCAUGCAGCACCAACGGCAACCUUUAUUUUCAAAUGUUUGAAGAUAUGCUGAUUGCAUUAGAGAACCUGGAAGAACAGGAUCACAAAAAGAGAGAUCACGAUCCUUCUACAUCAUACUGUGCUCGAUAUUUUCGUUUUUUCGCUAUUCAAGUGGCCUUGCAUUUCUUCCAAGAAGUCAGUAAAGGGGAAGGACCUGUGGGAGGAAAGAAGAUAAAACCAUCUGGCUUGAGAUUACCAUUUCGUGGACUAGAUAAUAACGUCGACCCAGUUCCCGCAUUCACUCCGGUCUCGUCUUGGAUCCACUUGGAUCGAGACCAGUUCAGAUUGUGCCUUGAUCCGAGCCAGCUCAAAGAGUCCCCAACAAGUGCAAAUUCUAAUGAACAGACGCGGCGUUUUCAGAUCACGUGCCAGUUGGCCGUGAACUCUAUAGUGUACUGCAAGACUUUCUUUCUCCCAGAGGACUUCAUUGCCUUUCAUUUCGAUUCUGUCGAGAUGGACGUCCAUGAGGCUUUGCGUCCAGGGAUGGUGCGAGUUGCCGGAGCAGCCAUUGAGAAGGAGUUUGCGCAGUUCGUGUUUAGUUUACUUCUGGAAAUUUUUGAUGCUUGUUUGGAUGGAAGAAAGCGAGAAAUUUAUAAACUCUUCAUCGUUUGUAAAGAUCAUUUGAAAGCACAGCUGGGCAAACUGCUAGUGUUCAUGUUGAAUCCAAGUCAAGAUUUGGACUUGUCGUGUUUCGCGCUCAAUCUCGUCCGUCAUCGACGUGCUAAAAAGAUUAUAGAGACUGUACUGAGAACCAGUGGAGGAUCGAAGCUCCGUGAACGCACAGCAGUAUAUGUUUUGAAGAUUCUCGACGAUCCUGGUCUCACUCAGGAACAGAGAAAGAACGCCGAGAACUUUAAAGACCUGAUGUUGUCUAUGAACCUGCAGUCUAUGCGCUUGAACGUUGGCGACAGCAAACUUUCAAAUGACGAGGAGUUUCAGAUGUGGGAUUCCACAGGUAUGAUGCAAUGGCAAAAACAGAGAAGUGAUGGUUAUAAAAGACUUGACAAGAGAACAGAGGAGCUUAGUGAAGCCAUAUCAACGGUUGCUCAAGAUGUUACUAGAGUUGUGGUCGAGAUUCAGGACACAAAACGCCAAGCCCUGCUCAAACAUGCAAGGGAUGCGCUUUCUGCUGAGGUCCAGAUUCGUAAAAAAUGGCGCCAACUCAUUGAACGACUUAUCCAUGAACGAUCUGUGUGGUACGAUGUCGAGCACUUUCCUUCAUCUUGGAAACUGGACCCGACAGAGGGCCCAGACCGUGUGCGAUGUCGCCUUCAGCGGUUUCAUUUGGACGUAGAAGAGAAGUAUCUUAUGAAGGAAUACUGUGGCAAAAAGACAAAGGGCGGUAGCACUCCGUUGUCAUAUCUGUUUGAAGACACCACGACCUCAAUGAAGAAAAACGUAUACUAUAUCUUUGACACUCCUGAUACCAUUCGUUUUCUUCAUCAUUGUAAGAACAUAACACUGGACAGUAAAAUCAAAGGAGUUCUUCUAAUUGGUGAAAGUCACAUGUAUUUUGUGGGUGAGGAGGCUACGCAGAUAGACACAGACAUUACACAAAUUUUGUUAGGGAAUAAGGAUGCCAUUUCCAUAUCCUGGCUCUACGAAGAAAUUCAAGAAAUACGAACUAGGAGAUAUUGCCUUCAGGACAAUGGCUUGGAGAUUUUCCUUACCACUGGCCGGACGUAUUUAUUGGCAUUUGACACGAAAGAGGACCGCGAAAUAGUACUGGAACAGUUUAAACAGAGACAUCUGCCAUGUUACGAAGCGCCGCAAUACGAGCAUUUAAUGGCUCUAACAAACAGGUGGCGGAUUGGACAGAUGACCAACUUUCAGUACCUUACAGAGCUGAACAAGAUGGCAGGUCGCUCGUUCAAUGACCUCAUGCAGUAUCCUGUGUUCCCUUUCGUGCUGGCUAACUUUGGAAGCAAGGUCCUGGAUCUGAACGACGUCACGAGUUUCCGUGACCUCUCUCGUCCAAUUGCCGUUCAAAAUCAGUCAAAGGAACGGAAGUAUCGAGAAAACUUUAGAUGGCUACAAGAGGAGUAUGAACGGAUGGAGGAAGAAGAUCCAAUGUCUGCCCCAUAUCAUUAUGGAUGCCAUUAUUCUAACAGUGGCACUGUUUUGCACUUUCUCGUUCGAAUGCCUCCGUUUACUAAAAUGUUUCUACAAUAUCAAGAUCGAAAUUUUGAUAUUCCUGAUCGUACGUUUCACUCUAUGGCAACAACGUGGCGUUUAUCGUCAUUUGAAUCUGCAACUGAUGUCAAAGAGCUCAUUCCAGAGUUCUUUUUCCUCCCAGAGUUCCUUGAGAACCGCGAAGGUUUUGACUUUGGCCUUCGUCAAAAUGGUCAGCGGGUUAUGAAUGUAGAGGUUCCCCUGUGGGCUAAAGGUAGUACCAGGCUCUUCACUUUGAUUCACAGACAGGCCUUGGAAUCGGAGUAUGUUUCGCAAAACCUCAACCACUGGAUCGACCUUGUGUUUGGUUACAAACAAACAGGACGAGAAGCUAUAGAAGCCAUCAACGUAUUUCACCCAGCUACAUACUAUGGUGUAGAUGUGAAUGCAAUUACAGACCCUGUUCGUCAGAAAGCUCUCAAGACUAUGAUAGAAACAUACGGCCAGACUCCCCAGCGACUGUUCACAUUUCCUCACAGCCCACGACCGCAGUGCCAACCGCAGCCUUCGUCAUCCGGGGAGGGAAGUUCUUUGGUUAGUCAUUCAAGUCACCAUUCUAAGUUUAUGGACGGUGAACUAUACGGUGCUUUUUUGUUAAACCGGCUGAGCACGUCACUGUCAUCUGAUACUGGCACUCUUGUGGGCAGCGCUGUUGACACUCUAACAGAAAUUCGACAGCCAGUAAACACAGUCGAGGGCCUAAAAUGGGGACAAUAUGUGGGUUCUCCGGCUAUGGGUGCCCCAGCAAUGAGAUUUACGCAACCGUUGAACACCUCCGUUCAAUCUCUGGUCUGUCUCAAGAAUGACUCUGUCUUUGUCCUGGGUCACAACUCUACUUUGUUGACCGUGCACCAAGCAAAGCCAGGGGAGAGUGAAGAAAGAUUGAUUUGGUCCGCGGUUUUGAGUUGGGGGUACAUGGAUGGAGGUGUACGCGUGUGCCCAUCCCCUGAAAGCGCGCCUGUCUGUCUCAUGGAACACCACACACCUGACAAGAUCACGUGUUGCGUUGUGACUGACGGAUGUAAGUUGUUGUUCAUCGCUACAUCGACUGGCACGUUAUCAGUGCUGCCUGUCAAGUACAACCCAGCUGUGGAAACCGGUAUGGAAGUACUGGGUUCGAGAGUUCGUCUUCACGGACAUAAGGAUUACAUCACAUGUAUGAAGUUGUGUCAAGCCUUCAGUAUUGUUGUCAGUGGUAGUUGGGAUACGACGGCCAUCAUUUGGGAUUUGAAUAGGUUAAGUUACGUGAGAUGUUUGGAACACCCCAACACCGUGGAAGCCGUAGCUAUCAGUAAAACUACAGGAGAUGUAGUAACAGUUUCACAUACAAUGAAGUACGUGUCUGAAGAGAGCACUAUAGAGGAAGGAAGCGUAAUUAAACUAUGGACAGUCAAUGGUAGGUUCAUUGGCCAAGCCUCUUGUGAGUACUUGAUCAACUGCUUGGAAUUUUCCGCUGCGCCUGAGGGAAUAUCUGUUAAUGUCAUCGCCACUGGACUAAGCAAUGGAGCCAUAAGGUUAUGGAGCACUUGGGACCUAAGCCACGUACAGGACAUUGUACUUGAUCAGUAUCUCAACCAAGUGGCGAGCCUGACUUUUUCAGAAGACAGUCAACAACUUUUUGCUUUGAACACCGACGGGAAACUCAUCGCAUGGCAACGGAGCGAUAAAAUUUAUACCAAGCAUCCGACGAUAACCGUAUUCCCUCGAACUUAGACGCCAUCUUUAUUUCCCCAGCUCAGUCUUAGGCUUAAUUUACAAGAUAAUACUCGAAAGAUAGAGUUUGAUUUCCUAUGCCUUAGGUUAAAGAGCUAAAGAUGAAGUACGAUACAAAACUUGAUUUUGUCAGUGACAGGAUUCAAGAAAUUUUCCCUCAAAUAGUAAUUAUUGUCAUUGAGUUACAAUUUAUUGCUUAUAUGCAAUAACCAACGUGUUCAACUCUUGGGUCAUAUGAUGUUACGCGACAAAAUACACAGCCCGCCGAGACCUAGAAAUUUUGCCGUUUAUUCGUAAGGAAUCUUUGCGAUCGUGAGCGAAUUUUUUUUUGACUGGUACAUUUUAACCUUUAUUACCUAUCAUUGUAGAUAUCACUUUAAAUAUAAACAUUGCAAUUUGAAAACAUGAAUUAAAUAUAUAAACCGUUUCUUUUUUCAUUAAGAAGUGUCUAUAUUUGAUGAGAAAAGAAAGGGUAUAAAUAUUUGAUACAUAUCUUCAAAUUGCAACGUUUUGUAGCGGGCAUAGUUAUAUAUCGUGUAGUCAAUCCCCACGACAAGAGAAUCAUGGCACAGAUACUUGAUAAAACAGAUGUCUUUAUAAGUAUGUAGAGCAAAAUUAUUUUGGUUACUACCUUUUUUAAUCAUAAUUCCACUGGGAAAUGGUAACCUUUUUCUCGGGGAGGUAGCUGCAAGCAAGAAUAAAAAAAUGGACUGAAAUUACUUAGGUAGAUUUUCAUAGCAAUAAGCAUGUCACUCAAAACGUCGGUGUAAUGUGUCCUCCUUGAAAUUAACGUUUUUUACAAUGUUUUUUGGAAAGAAUCUUCACUGAAUGUGGUUCUUGAAAAAGGAGACGAGAAAAUAUUUCUUUGAUAAUAAAUUUAAAGUGAUCCAAUUAAAUUGAAGCGAAUGGAAAUUGUGUACUUUGUACGUUAGGUAUGUGUACCAUAGAUGUGUAAUUUAACUUCAGAAUUGAAAUAUUUUUCAUUCCCAAAAAAAGAAAUUAUGACAAGAUUUUGCAGAAA